AUGAAUCAAUUACCAACAGAUCUUUUAAAAAGCCUUCAAAUGGCUAAUGAACAAAAUACAACAUCGCAGCCACAACAACAACUUCCUCAUCAAACUCCAAUGUUCGCCUAUCCACCUCAUCCUAUGCAACCAAUGCAACCAAUGCAACCUAUGCAACCAUAUCCACACAUGAUGAUGGAUCCUUCAAUGGUUAUGAUGGGAGAAGGAGGAAUGUUUGAUGAAUCACAAAUUCUUGAAGAAAUUAAAAAGUUACAAAAUAACAAUGGACAAUCAACACCACCAUCAGAAGAAUCAAUUCCACCUACCACUAAUACAACUGUUAGCGGAAAUACAAUUACAAGACAAGAUACCCCAGUCCCAGAAUCUAAACCAAUUAGUUCUCACAAGGCUAGAACCGAGUAUAUAUUAAAUCAAGCUAAUACUUCACAACUUUCCCCAACUUCUCCAUCUGAAGUUGAUGUUAAUAAUAAUUCACCUUCCCAUUCCCCAACAAGUUUAUCAAGCAGCAAUGUAAUUAAUAAUGGUUCUACCUCUCCAUCUUCUUCCUCCAUACAAAAAUAUGUAACAAAUCCACAAUCUAUGAUUGAUCCAUUCAUUACAGGUCCAAUUGAUAAGAAGGCUUAUACCUACGUGACAUCCUCACUUGAUGCUAAGAAAGAAAGAAAACAAUUGGCCAGUAUUAAAGGUAUUACACCUUAUGUAAGCGACCAAAUUUUCACAAAUGGUAAAUGUAUAGGAAUUUUGGAUGACUAUAUGGUUUGGAGUUUGAAAGGAGGAGCUAUUCGUGUUGUUAGUAGAAAGGUUGGAAAGAAAGUAUUUUUGAAGGGACACAAACAAUAUGUAUCCGAUUUACAAUGUUCUGUAAAUUUGAAAUUGGCAUCUGUUUCUAGAGAUAGAUCUUUGAUUGUGUGGAAAAUUAUUGAAACUGAUGAAAAAAUCCAUCCAAACGAUUUACGAAACCCUAAGGAAGAUCAAGUAGGAUAUGCUAAAUUGGUCCAUUUAACAUUUUCUUCUGAUCAAUCACAUAGAUUCUUUAGAAGAAUUUUGUGGGCUCCACAAUCAGAUAAGGAGUUAUGUGCUAUUACUAGUGAUAACCAAUUAAUUUUGCUUGAUGUUGAUCAAUUAGCAAUGUAUAACAACUUGAUUGAAUUAGAUAAUGAUAAUAUUCACACUAUGCGUGGUAUUCGUGUAUUGUCUAAUGAGUUUGCUGAAAAUGAAUCAAUUACCGAUUUAUCUUUCUCUAGUGAUGGAAAGUAUCUUGCCUGCAUUUCAUCAUUUGGUAAUAUUUACAUUUGGGAUAGAAGAACAAACAUGACACUUGUAAAAUCAGCCAAUAUUUACAAUAACGAAUUGAUUAAUAUCCAAUUUUGCUCAGGCACUGAGACUAAUAUUGAAAGAUACUUUAUUACAUCUUCACAAAACAAUUUUGAUAUUUGUUUGUGGUAUUUAUCACCAAAGUUGGACAUUGAACUUGUUCAACAAGUAUCAAUUAGACCAGAAACCUCUGAAAAGUUUGAUGAAAAGGUUUCUAUCAAUAAUGUUGAACUUGAUUCUACAGCAUCUGCUUUGUUUGUUUCAAAUUUGCAAUAUCCAGUAUUGUUCACUCUUCGCUUAAACAAGACACCUUUGACUGAACAAGAAGAUCAUCCACAUUUUGAUUUCAUCACUGAAUUUGAUUGUAGAUAUCCAAUUGUUAGUCUUGUUGCUAUGACUAUUGGUAUUAACUUUGGUUUAUUCUGUUUACAAACCAGUGGUAUUCACUUGUUGAAUAUUAGAAACUUCCAAAUUUGUGCUCUAAGCCAACAAGUUAAAACUGCAAUUCCAAUGCCAGAUUUAGUCCACCAACCAAGCUCUUCAAAGGAAAUUGUUGUUGCUAAUACUAAUACUGGUGUAGCUAUUCGUCAAUCUCCAAAUAUUAUUCCACCAGUUAAUCCAUCUGUUCCUCAAGCCACUCCUACUCAACCUGCUUCUAGUGGUUCUAAUUUUGAACUCAUUUCUGAAUUGAAGAGAAUGGAAAGAAGCAUUCUUACUCAAAUGGAAACAAUGAUUCAAACCCAAACUGAAAGACAAUAUGAACAACUUUACAAGCGUAUUGAAAAGGAAAGAUUGACAAGACUCUCUGAAGAAAGAACUAGACAAAAGGAGUUGAUUGAAACUAUUUCUUCUGCCAUUACUAAUGAUUUACCAGAUGAAAUUUCUCAAUCUGUUCUUGACUCACUCACCGAUAACAUGUCUGAUGUUGUCAAUGACGCUCUUACCCAAUCAUUGACUGAUACUUCUGAUUCAGGAUCUAUUAAGAAGGUUAUCCAAGAUAGUUUCCAAACAGUUCUCAAGUCUACAGUUCUUCCUUCAUUUGAAACAUCAUGCAGAAGAAUGUUUGAACAAAUUAGUAAGACCUUUGAAAGAGGAAUGGAUGAAUUGGUUAAAUCACCAUUGAAGCAAUACUGUAAGGAAGUCAAUGAUUCAACUGUUGAAGCUAUCAGACAAGAAUUGAAGAAUGUUGCUCAAAACAUGCCAGCUGUUCAACAAACAGCAACAAAUACAAGCAAUAAUAAUGGAGACAUUUCCAAGGAGCAACUUUUGAACUUGGUUGAAAACCAAAGAUUUGAGGAAGUUUUCUCACUUGUUUUGGAAAAGGCUGAUUUACGUUUAUUAGUUUGGUUGUGUAGUGUUAUUGAUCCACGUUUGUUUGAAGUUGAUAUUCCAAUUUCUCAACCAAUCCUUCUUACCCUUGUUCAACAAUUGGCUUAUGAUAUUACUGAACAAACUGAUGUUAAAUUGUCUUGGUUGGAAAGAGUUAUUAUUCAUAUCAACCCAAUUGAUCCAGCCAUUUCCCAAUUUUCAGCUCCAAUCUUGGAAGGUAUUAGAGAACAUUUGGCUGCUAAACAUCCAAUCAUUCUUGAACGUGGUAAGCCAAGUGAUAUCAAGACCAUCAAGCUCAUUCUUCACAUUGUAAACAGUUUGACAAAGGAUGCCAUUCGUUUUUAAGUAGUUGAACUAGAAGAUGUUUGAAUAAAUUAAAGAGUUUAUUGGGGAAAUU